GAGGACACUAAUUCAUGUUCACCCCUUCGGCGAGGAGGUUACUCCUUAUUGAUCAAAAGGAAAACGCUUUGUGGAAUAGGAGACGCGUGCCUCGUCUCCUACGGCUGGCUCUAGUGUUGGCCCAUCCGAUGGCUCUGUUUUGUCGAGAAUGGCGGAGGACUCUCAUCGAUUAACUCUCCUAUCAUAACUCUCCCACCUCCUAUAAAACCCUACACUUUACGAGUCUCCGCAUAUCUCCAUUCUCCGCCUGCUCGCAGCGGCUAUUACUGCUCUCUCGCUCACAUAAACACUCACUCUGUACGAUGGACACUGUGGACUCAUCGCGGGCAUUCGUCAAAGACGUUAAGCGCAUCGUCGUCAAGGUUGGGACUGCUGUUGUCACUAGAGCUGAUGGAAGGUUAGCACUUGGAAGGCUAGGAGCUCUAUGUGAACAGAUUCAAGAUCUCAAUUCUGAAGGUUAUGAAGUUAUUCUAGUGACCUCAGGUGCUGUAGGUGCUGGUCGUCAACGGCUCAGAUACAGGAGAUUGAUUCACAGCAGCUUUGCUGAUCUUCAAAAGCCACAAAAUGAACUUGAUGGCAAGGCUUGUGCAGCGGUUGGACAAAAUGGGCUAAUGGCUUUGUAUGAUUCUUUAUUCACACAGUUGGAUGUUACAUCAGCUCAACUUCUAGUUACGGAUAAUGACUUCAGAGACCCGAACUUCAGGAUCCAGCUUAAUGAGGCAGUUAAUUCAUUGCUAUCUCUGAAAGUUAUACCUAUUUUUAAUGAAAAUGAUGCUGUUAGUACACGGAAAGCUCCAUAUGAGGACUCUUCUGGUAUAUUUUGGGACAAUGAUAGUCUAGCUGCUCUACUAGCUUUAGAGCUAAAAGCUGAUCUUCUGGUAUUAUUGAGUGAUGUAGAGGGUCUUUACAGUGGCCCUCCUAGUGAUCCUCACUCAAAAUUGAUUCAUACAUACAUCAAGGAGAAGCAUGAAGGUGAGAUUACGUUCGGUGACAAGUCUAGAGUGGGAAGGGGGGGUAUGACUGCCAAAGUAAAAGCUGCAGUUUACGCUGCUUAUGCUGGAAUCCCAGUUGUCAUCACGAGUGGAUUUGCCGUUGACAACAUUAUUAAAGUACUACAUGGGGAACGCAUCGGUACUCUCUUUCAUCGUGAAGCUAACAAGUUGGAUCCAGCUGUAGAUGUCGGUGCAUGUGAGAUGGCUGUUGCAGCCAGGGAGUGUUCCAGGCGGCUUCAGGCACUUGCUCCACAAGAAAGGAGUAAGAUUUUGUUGGAUAUAGCUGAUGCACUGGAAGCAAAUGAAAAAGUCAUACUUAGUGAGAAUGAAGCAGAUGUAUCUGAUGCUCAACAAGCUGGUUAUGACAAUUCUUUGGUAUCCCGGUUGGCCCUAAAGCCAGAAAAAAUCUCAAGUCUUGCAAAGUCAGUUCGUGUGCUAGCAGAGAUGGAUGAGCCAAUUGGUCGCAUUUUAAAGAAAAUAGAGAUUGCUGAUGGCUUUAUUUUAGAAAAGACAUCAUCUCCGCUGGGUGUUCUUUUGAUUAUCUUUGAGUCACGUCCGGAUGCACUUGUUCAGAUUGCUUCACUAGCAAUAAGGAGUGGGAAUGGGCUCUUACUGAAAGGUGGAAAAGAGGCCAAACGAUCAAAUGCAAUUUUGCACAAGGUUGUUACCUCAGCUAUUCCCGAAAAUGUUGGUGAAAGACUUAUUGGACUUGUUACUUCUAGAGAAGAGAUCCCUGAAUUGCUCAAGCUUGAUCAUGUAAUUGAUCUUGUUAUCCCAAGAGGCAGCAAUAAACUGGUUUCCCAAAUCAAGGCUUCGACUAAAAUUCCAGUUCUUGGUCAUGCUGAUGGAAUAUGUCAUGUUUAUGUUGAUAAGUCUGCCGACUUAGAUAUAGCAAAGCGCAUUGUGUUGGAUGCAAAAACUGAUUAUCCUGCAGCAUGCAAUGCAAUGGAAACGCUUCUUGUGCACACUGACUUGGUGAAGAAAGGCGGCCUUAAUGACCUAAUCAUGGAACUUCAGAUUAAAGGGGUUACUAUAUAUGGAGGACCAGAGGCGAGCUCUCUGCUGAAUAUUCCAGAGGCUGAUUCAUUACAUCAUGAAUAUAGUUCUCUGGCUUGCACUGUUGAAAUUGUUAAUGAUGUGUACGAUGCAAUUGAUCAUAUACAUCAGCAUGGAAGUGCUCAUACUGAUUGCAUCAUCACUGAAGACAAUGAAGUUGCCGAAGUGUUUUUACAUCAAGUUGACAGUGCUGCUGUAUUUCAUAAUGCCAGCACAAGAUUUAGUGAUGGAUUUCGCUUUGGACUUGGUGCAGAGGUGGGGAUAAGUACAAGCAGGAUUCACGCACGUGGUCCUGUAGGAGUAGAAGGAUUGUUAACUACACGAUGGAUUGCAAGAGGAAAUGGGCACGUAGUGAACGGAGAUAAAGAAGUUGUCUAUACUCACAAGGAACUACUGAGUUAAGUUUUGAUGUUUAACCAUGUGGAGAGGCUUGUUUUUUCAUUUUUUUACAUCUAGAGAUGCUUAUGCUUUGCCCAGAAGUCCAUAAAUCGGGUGUGCCUUGUAAUUUAUCUUAGCGUUAUUAAAGCUUUUUCCGAAUGUAAUUUAGUUAUCAUCGUCAAUAAACAUUUCUACCUAUUCGUAUAUACAGAAUAUGGGCGAACAUGAGUUAAUUAGCUAGGCUUAGCAAAUAAAUCUACUUUGUUUUUAGUCACCAAUUCACUUCAUUCAACUGCAAUGUUUAAUGACUACGGAUGUUUGUAAAUAAGCUUUGAGUUUUAAUAUUAUUAAUCUUAA